UUAUUAACAUAAAAACCCCUGUCUAUAAAUAAAAAUGUUUCAUUAAUCAUAUUUCCCUACAAACAAAAACUUAUUACAAAGAAAACAAUGGCAAACCAACUCUCUCUUACAUUCUCACUUACAAUAGUGCUCCUCUCUUUCUUACAUCUACUCACCACAAGCGAAUCAGCCGCCGCCGCCGUCACCACCACCAGCUUCAUCAGAACUUCUUGCCGCGCCACCACAUACCCUUCCGUCUGCGUACAGUCGCUGUACACACACGCCGCCGCCAUUAAGAAGAGCCCGAAACAACUGGUGACGACGGCACUCUCCGUGAGCGUGGAGAAGGCCCAAUCGACGAAGACGUUCGUCUCCAUGCUGACUAGAUUCCGCGGCCUGAAACCUAGGGAGUACGCCGCCAUCAAGGACUGCCUGGAGGAGGUGAGCGACAGCGUCGACCGCCUGAGCAAGUCGGUCAAGGAGCUCAAGAAGCUCGGCCCGGCCCGAGGGCCCGAAUUCGUGUGGCACAUGAGCAACCUGCAGACGUGGGUCAGCGCCGCGUUGACCGACGACAGCACCUGCAUGGAUGGGUUUUCGGGCCGGGCUAUGAACGGUCGGAUCAAAUCGUCAAUUAGGGCCCGAAUGACACAUGUGGCUCAGGUCACCAGCAAUGCGCUCGCACUCUGCAAUCGGUUCGCCGGAAAGUAUUAAGUAGUCAACAUUAUUAAUCUGUGGUCCCCUUUUCUUGUUUGGUUGUUUUCUCAAGUUUGAUGUAUAAUAAUUAUAUAUUUUGUUACUCAAAUUUUUGUAAUAUAGUGAAAUAGAAUAGAAGUUUUGUCUGUUCGGAAUAAUUAUAUUUCUUACUUUAAUUUUGCUGGUAAUUUGAUCUUUGCAACUUUUACAGCUGGUAAUAGAGAAAUUAAACACACAGUACACAGUGAAGAGUGUGAAAUGCUGAAGAGAUAAUUCCAUUAUCACUGCUUGUGGCUGUGGG